ACACCAUUCAUUGGUCCAGGCUCAACUCAAGUACCUCCCCGUGGCAGUUCAAAGAAAAACUAAAAAAAGAACCAAAGAAAACGACAGCAAUCGAAGGGAACGCGAAGUCGGAAGCCCCCGAAGGAGACGAAACGAGGCGGAGGAAAACCACCCCGAACAGAGACGAUCAGAAGAGUACAAGCAGCGUCGUCACAACACAAUUCAGAAAAUCGUCGAGUUCUAUUCUAUCGUGCUCGCCGAAAGACCGCCGCCUCGAACGACUCGACACGACACGACGGUCUUGGCUCCCUCCGCCACCGAAUCCACCACAAAAACCACCAUUUCUUGUUUUUUUCCCCUGUUCACCGGAGGCCGGCGGCUGGCCAAGAACAUCAAGAACAAGGGAGAAAGGGGGGAUUUUGUUGGGCGAGCAGGCGAUUUCCUUUUGCAACUCCGGCUUCAGUGAGUCGUUGUGGUGGUAGUGGUGUUUGGACGGAGCGGAGAUGUCGUCGGCGAUGGUGGAGCGGGCAACGAGCGACAUGCUCAUCGGCCCCGACUGGGCGAUGAACUUGGAGAUCUGUGACAUCGUCAACCGCGAACCAGGGCAAGCAAAAGAUGUGGUGAAGUCCCUCAAGAAACGCAUUGCGCACAAGAACCCAAAGGUUCAGCUUCUUGCUCUCACGUUGCUGGAGACGAUGAUAAAAAAUUGUGGGGACAUUGUGCAUAUGCUUGUUGCUGAGAGAGACAUACUUCAUGAGAUGGUCAAGAUAGUAAAGAAAAGGCAUGAUUAUAAUGUUAAAGAGAAGAUUCUCACGCUGAUAGAUAGUUGGCAAGAAGUUUUUGGUGGUGCUCGUGCAAGAUAUCCGCAAUAUUAUGCAGCAUAUGAGGAGCUCUUGCGUGCUGGAGUCGUAUUUCCUCAAAGAUCGAAUGGUUCUGUGCCAAUCAUCACUCCUCCACAGACUCAGCCUCUACAAAACUAUCCCUCAUCUUUACGCAUUUCACAGCAGGAGGAACUUGACUCGCCAGCUUCAGAUUUCCCUGCAUUAAGCCUUACAGAAAUUCAGAACGCACGUGGCAUCAUGGAUGUUCUUUCAGAAAUGCUGGAUGCUUUAGAUCCGGGUAACAGAGAGGGGCUUAGACAGGAUGUCAUUGCAGACCUUGUGGAUCAAUGCCGUUCUUACAAGCAAAGAGUAGUUCAGCUUGUCAACAGUACAUCGAAUGAGGAGUUGCUCAGCCAGGGUCUUUCUUUGAAUGAUGAUAUGCAGCGUGUUCUCGCAAAACAUGAUGCUAUUGAUGCAGGUGUAGCAGUUCGGGUGGAAAAGCCAAAGUCUCUGCAGUCCCAAAUUGAGAGUUCUUCAACAAGAAAGCCAGAUACCAUGGAACCAAUUCAAAGGUCUUCAGCAAGCACAAGUGCCACCAACCAGUCUCCCUUUGGGAUUUUAGCCCUUCCUGCGCCUCCAUCUAGUAGUUCGAAAGCACCUUUAAUACCAGCUUCUAGUAUGGACCUCCUUAGUGGAGAUGAUUAUAUCAAAACCGAACCUGCAAACUCUCUAGCACUUGUUCCUGUCACUGAAUAUUCAGCUGCAGACAAGAAUGUCUUAGCCUUCGCCGAUAUGUUUGAACAAAAUACUGCCAACAAUAGCAACCAUAACCUUCCAAAUUCUUUUCAAUCUUCGACUUCAAAUUCUACUAUCUCUACAUCACAAACAUAUCCUGCACCAGUGCGACCUGUGUUGCCUCAGCAUUCAGCUGCUGAUCCAAAUGGGGCCAGAUCCAAUGCCAUUGUACCUUAUGAUCAGCAGUCCCAGUUGAACUCUACAGGUUCUUGGAAUGGACAGACAGCUUAUGGAACAAAUCACCAAAAGGAAGCACUAAGUUAUGGCACAGGUGAUCAAAAUGGAGGCAUUCCACCAGCACCGUGGGAAAUUAAGCGAUCCACUAAUCCAUUUGAUGACGAUCAGCUUGUUGGAACGGCACUGCAAGCACGAGGCAUGCAGCCUCAACCAGUGCAACUCAGUCAGCAUGGGAACAAAUUCAUGUCAGCACAACCAAUGCCGAGGGGACAGACAGGAAGAAUGCACUUGCAACAGGUGCCUGGUGCUCAGCUUGGCGCUCUACAACCACAGGCUAUGCCGAACAUGCAGUACAGGGGGAUGCAUCCUUCAAUGCAAAUGAAUCAAGGAAUGGGCAUGUAUUCCCAACCAACCUUUGGAGGAUAUUAUGGAAUGAACCAACCACAGCUUUACAGUGUUCAUAUGUCUGGUUAUGGAUAUGGUCAGCAAUCUGGAGGCUACUAUAUUCCGAAUGCUGCAUAUGCGUAUGCUAGUGCAAACGAGCUUGCCCAGAGGAUGAAUGGCCUUUCAGUUCAAAACGGUGAUCCAAAUGGAAUAACAGCAAAUAAGCAGAGCAGACCUGAGGAUUCACUCUUUGGCGAUCUUUUGAGCAUCGCCAAGAUGAAGCAGAACAAACCUGCAGCUGGCAAGGUUGGUGGCUAAGUGUGAGUAAAGAAGAAAGUACCUAAUUUCAUCUUAUUUGCCAGCAGCAGAAGCUUUUUCCUGACAGUACAUAUAAUUCUUUUGCCACGUUUUAUGCAAUGCCAGAAUCCAGAUGGCUUCUGGAUGUAAGCUCAUCUGAGUAGGAAUUCAUAUCGGGAAGUGGACAUUAUGAUGCUUGUGGCGGAGCCUCAUAGCAAGUGUGUCUAUAACUCUAAUAUGUAAAUAUGUAUUGUCAUAAAUUCCUUUCUGCGCAAAUAUUAGGCAGAAACAGAGGAUUCCUGUUCUCCAUAAACCCUGUUCUUUUAUUUAUUUAUCUUCAAA